AUGCUGCCCAGCGCAAGCCUUCUCUUUGUCGCGUCGCUCCUUGCGGCGUUGCCUGUCAACGCCGAUGGAAUUUACCCUAAGAAUUCGCCGGUGCUCCAGCUGAACUCCAAGACCUACAACUCGCUCAUCGCGAAAUCAAAUCAUACUUCAAUCGUCGAAUUCUACGCCCCCUGGUGCGGUCACUGCCAGAGCCUGAAACCUGCCUACGAGAAAGCCGCCAAGAACCUCGAUGGACUCGCGAAAGUCGCCGCGAUCAAUUGCGAUGAAGACGAAAACAAACCCUUCUGCGGGCAAAUGGGCGUGCAGGGCUUCCCGACCCUGAAGAUCGUGACGCCCUCAAAAAAGCCCGGUAAACCUCGUGUCGAAGAUUACAAGGGUGCUCGCACCGCCAAGGGAAUCGUCGACGCAGUUGUCGACCACAUCCCCAACCACGUCAAACGCGCAUCCGAUAAGGAUUUGGACAAAUGGCUCGGGCAAGAUGAGGACAGGCCCAAGGCCAUCCUCUUCACCGAGAAGGGCACAACAAGCACACUCAUUCGCGCCCUGGCUAUCGACUUCCUGGGCGCGAUUGACAUCGCGCAAAUCCGGAACAAGGAAACAGCCUCCCUGAAGAAAUUCGGCGUGACUGAUGUCCCUGCCCUGGUUCUCAUUCCCGGCCCCAACGCCGAACCCAAGAUUUACGAAGGCGACCUGAAGAAGAAGCCCAUCACCGAGUUCCUCAGCCAAGCAGCCAAGCCCAACCCAGACGCCUCUGGCCGCGCCGCGGCAGACUCAAAGCCCAAGCCCAAGCCCAAGCAAAAGUCUAAGCCCGCUUCCAAACCUACCUCCGUCGCCGAUGAGCCGGACAUCAACCCCACUGCUUCUCAAGAUCAGGACUCAACAGAGCCCUCUCUCAAGCCCGCACACGUCCCUAUUCCUGCUCCCCCAAUCCCUACCCUUUCCACCCCAGAAUCUAUGGAAGCUUCUUGCCUCGCCCCGAAAUCCGGUACAUGUGUCCUUGCUCUUCUCCCCGGAGCCAGCGAGCCUGAUGCCGCGCUCCCCCAAUCCGCCACCGAUGCUCUCGCCAGCCUUGCCGACAUUGGACACAAGCACGCUCAGCGUGGGGCCCACCUCUUCCCUCUGUAUGCAGUUCCUGCUAUCAACACUGGCUCUGGCAUCCUGCGUGAGGCAUUGGGCUUGCAGGCCGACGAUGCCCAGACUGUUCAGCUCAUUGCGCUGAAUGCUCGUCGUGGAUGGUGGCGCCGCUACAGUGCCGAAGACUUUGGCGGCGUGGCCGUUGAGGCUUGGAUUGAUAGCAUUCGGCUUGGAGAGGGCGCAAAGGAGAAGUUGCCCGAGGGAAUUAUCAUUGGUGCCGAACCUGAGACCAAGCAACCUGUGGCGGAACCCGAGGCUGAAGCUGAUGAGGCAGAUGUCGAGAGUGUUGAGCCAGAGGCCGAGGAAGCUGAGCAGACUGUUGAACAUGAUGAGCUGUAA